ACACUUUUACAAGUUCAGAAGAAAUUAACAUUUCAGAAAACAAAUUAACAUUUCAGAAAACAAAUUAACAUCACUCGAAACACUUUUACAAGUGGCAAAAUCAACCGGAAAGGGUAGGUACUAAUUCCAAGGCUGACCCGGAAGUGAUAACGGAAGCGGGCAUUUCAACCCAAGAUGGACAGCAGUCGAGUGGCGUUUUGCCCGUUUUGCGGGGCACAUAUGAGUAGAUUAACGCGGUUUUGUUUUUCUUGUGGACGGUCCUUAGAGUUUUUAAACGGCACAGAACAGACAGAACGACCAGAUAUGCUGCAGCAGUGCAUACGAUAUUUUAAUGAGGGUCACUCAUACGCUGUAAUCGUAGACAUGAUGGCAUGUUUACACGGUGUACACAUCAGCUUAAGGUCGCUGAAAAGCAAACUGAAUGAUGCCGGGUUAUAUCGCAGAAAGGAUUUGUCCUCUACCGACGUCAUAACUAGAGCAAUACGAGUGGAACUUCGUGGACCUGGACAGCUGUUUGGCUACCGCAUGAUGUGGCAGGUACUCAGACAAAAGUACAAUCUGCGAGUGAGGAGGGAUCAUGUAAUGAAUUUGCUCCGGGAGCUUAAUCCUCAAGGGUGCGAGAGGAGAGCACGCAGAAGGUUUAUAAGAAGAAUCUACCACUCCAUGGGACCGAACUAUAUGUGGCACGUGGAUGGUUAUGAUAAACUCAAGCCAUUCGGUCUGGCACUUUCAGGGUGCAUCGAUGGAUUUUCCCGUAAAGUACUGUGGCUUAUAUGUGGCGCAACAAAUAAUGACCCAUCUGUGAUCGCUCACUAUUUCCUGUCAUGUGUGCGAAACCUCGGUGUCAUCCCCAUGAGACUGAGAACCGAUUGCGGCACGGAGAACGGGACCAUGGCCGCAAUUCAGUGCACGCUACGCCACCACCACAAUGACUACUACUCUGGAGCGUCCAGCCACAUGUAUGGCUCAUCCACAACCAACCAGAGGAUUGAGUUCUGGUGGUCCAUAUUCAGAAAGGGAAGGUGUCAGUUCUGGAUGGAGCUAUUUGCAGACCUUAGAGAAGCUGGAUACUUAAAUGGGAGUCACGAGCAUCAGUGUCUGCUGAGAUAUUGCUUUGGUGAUGUUAUUCAGAGGGACUUGGAUGAGUGUAUGAGACUGUGGAACAGUCACAGGAUCCGCCCCUCCAGAACAGCAUCAUGUCCAGGAGGAGUGCCAAAUGAGCUCUACUACUUACCACACAGGUUUGGCUCCAGAGACUGUGGAUUUAAAAUCGAAAUGACUGAACUGGAUGCCUUUCCUGACGUUCAUCUGACAAGAGCUCCAUGUGGGGACCCAAACAUGCAAGAAUACUUGGACUUUGCAGUGGAGCACAAUCAUUUACAGAAGCCAGAACAGUGGCAGUCUUCAACUGAACUAUAUCUGAAACUAAAAGAAAUUGCUCAGCUAUGAAUUGAAGGGAAGUUUAUUGUAAUGAUGGUGGAACAUGUACACAACUUGUCACCCACAGUUUCAGUAUUUAAAAUUUGGAAAUAAAUGAAUGAAAAACAAUUGUCCAAAUGCUGUCUGAGGGGAAAAAAAAAAAAAAGACAUGCUUGCUUACCGCAAUUUUAAAGUAUUUUAACAAAAGUAACUGCACCUUUAAAU